AUGUCGGAUAUCAACGGGGACUUCGUCCGGACGAACCGGAAUAUCAAACGUAAGCGGCGUCAUUGCGCCACGCGGAGAGUGUUGGACGGAAAAAGUGUCCAUAAAACGUUUGUUCCCGGGGCGAAUUCCUCCGCGAAGUACCUCGCUGAGAAACUAGCACAAGAAGCUCUCGACUCGAAGGAGAUGCAGGAUACUAUUAAGCACUUGACCUCGUUGGAGGGCGGUCGUCAACAACACCAAGUGUCAAGAAGCACGACCGCAAGGAGCAAGGAUCAGAAAAAGCGCAGGGACCGGGAACACCGGAAGCGCAUGAGACACCGGAAAGGGGAUCGGAAACACCGGCACCCGAACCAUCGUUUGAAAAGGAACGGUUCAAAAAAAGAAUCCUCAAAGACGAUGCGUUUAAAGAAGAAUAGCAAACUUAUAACCGAGGGGGAACGUAGCGGGUUCGGGAAGAAAAGUAGUUUGCACCAGUCACUUACUCGUCGAAUAAGAAGGGGCCAUCGGAUAGGGAAGAAGACGAAAAACUUUCGUAGAACGUCAGGGGAUAAUCUCCACUCGGUUAACAAUGAAGAUUGGAAGACUGUCGAAGAACUAAUGAACUCUGGGUCUGUACACGGAAAAUAUACAAACACCGCGGUUUUACGACAAACUGGUAAUGGGAGAGGCGUCGUUCCCAGGAGCGGUAUGAUCGCCCAACUUAUGCUAACGACAACUCGCGACCCGACUAAGAAAAAGCCGGGUGAUCAGGGUGUUGAAUAUUCUGAAUACUAUAACGACAAUGACAAUGAUUCGCCAGUGGCUAUCGGAUCUCCUACUAAACUGGACGAGGCUGCGAAGGACUUGGCGGGAGGACGAAGCAGAUCGAUUCGGGAGGUGCCGGACGACAAUCUUCUUCGUCAAGAUUACGACGGUUCUUCGGAUGAUAAAAUGUCCUCAGAGGACAUCGAAAGGUCCAAAGGAAAUGGCCAAAAAUCCGUGAAAGUUAUAGAAGAACCACUGAACUCCAUGGAGUAUGUAGACAGCACUUAUGGGUCACUGCAGGUGAACCGUGUCGCAGAGAACGAGAGAAUGCCUCAGUACUUGACCAAUUAUAAUUAUAUUUCUGAUAAGGGAGUGCAGAUACCGGUUGGGGCGUUACAGAUCCCGUAUCAUCCGCUAAGUAACCCUUCAGCAGAUCCUUCAGCAGUGGGACAACCGAUAGCGAAACAAUUCUCGUCGGACGAGCAGGGGAUGCUCAACAAAAAUUUUCUCAUAACAACGGUGAAUCCAAUUCCGUUCAUGAGCAAUGCGCAGUUACCUGCUUCCGGUCAACUUGAGAUCCUCGAUAGUGACGCGUUGUCUCAAUUGCCGCAGCCAAACUUCGCCGAAGGUGAACAGUUUGCUGCUUCCACCGGCUCGAGAUCCAGCAGGUCCAGUACUGAUUCUGUGACUUUCACUUCUGGUUUGGCGACUCUUGGCGCAAGUACAUCCGUAGCACCAGUGCCGAAGUUGAGGAUGACACCUGUGUCGGUUGGCACCAAUGCGGCGUCUUCUAGACUUCGAAGCGUUAGACCAGCUGCGGAAGUUGCGUAUUUAAGUUACCACGAUGGAGUUGAGGACAUUCAAGGUCUGGAUCAAAUUGAAGCAGCAGCAUCUCGGGAAGUUGUACCAAAAAAUGGCACUGCUGAAAAGGAUAUAAGUAGAAAUACCAGUUCCACGAAAUUAGACGCCCGCACAUCUGCGACGUCGACUCCGUCACAUUUGAACGAUCCAAAAAAUAACAGCAAUAGUAACGUUGUUAAUGGUGUGAGUAACGUCACAUUGCCUGCCGCGUCAUCUCUGGCUUCAUUCAAUCCCAAACCCUGCACUCCAGAGCCAGCAAACGUAACGUUGAAAACAAAUGAGACGAAGGCAGUCGCUAGCCAGAUACUCAGUGAAAUCAUAGACGAGCUGGAAGAAUUGAAGUUAGAAAAUCCAAAAGAUGAGCAAAAGGAAGGCUUACCAUGCAGACUGACAGGGUCCUGGGUGACCACGAGAGCGGGCGUUCGAAUUGACAUGGAAGUGACGAAUCACAGCGUGAAAGCCUCUCUUGACCAUCUUACGCCACCAUCGGUCUCUGAAGGCCUUCUGAACGUAACUUGGAACGUGACUGGUUUUGCACCUUUCAAACUGGGAGGUCCUUUCACUCUGUUAGCAACAGAUAAUCACACCAAAACGCUCGCUGUCUUUGUCGGGGCAUGCAAGGUUUGCCAAGGUAUCGACACUAUAGAAGGAUCAUGGGUAGUUUCACGGGAGCCAAGGGAUUGCCGAGACUUUCAAAUGUCGAACAGUAUUUUCAACGAAAUUUUCAGACGAACGCGUCUUUUCUCGGCGAUAAAAGAGAAACAAAUGAAACACGAUGCGGUAUCUUUGAACACGACUACUACCCCGGGUAGUAAUUCCUCGAUAUCAGAGAGUACAAGUCCUGGACACGAAAGGCUGGUCGAUUUGAGCAAACUCCACAAUCAAACUACGCCAUCAGUUUACGGAACGAAAUGA